UGAGAGUUAACACGAAGCCAAUUCUUACAUGAGGGACAAACUGUUUCGGAGCGACAGUUUGCCUUGAGAAUAUCCGCAAAGCAAAGCAGUGGCUUUUCUUUUGCAGCCGGAAGGAUCUUAUUCUGCCUCCAAACAUUUCAGGAGAGGUGAAGCGUCAUGGGGAAACACAACAGCAAGCUGGCCCCGGAGGUCCUGGACGACCUGACCAAGAGCACCGAAUUUAACGAGGCAGAGCUCAAGCAGUGGUACAAGGGCUUCCUCAAAGACUGUCCCUCUGGCAUCCUCAAUCUGGAGGAGUUUCAGCAGCUCUAUGUGAAGUUCUUCCCGUACGGCGAUGCCUCGAAGUUCGCCCAGCAUGCCUUCCGGACAUUUGACAAGAAUGGCGAUGGGACCAUCGACUUCAGGGAGUUCAUCUGUGCCCUGUCCAUCACCUCCAGGGGCAGCUUCGAGCAGAAACUCAACUGGGCCUUCAACAUGUACGACCUGGAUGGGGAUGGAAAGAUCACACGCAUGGAGAUGCUGGAGAUCAUCGAGGCCAUCUACAAGAUGGUGGGCACAGUGAUAAUGAUGCGUAUGAACGAGGACGGGCUGACCCCUCAGCAGCGCGUGGACAAGAUCUUCUCCAAGAUGGACAAGGACCACAACGAUGAGAUCACCCUGGAAGAGUUUAAAGAGGCCGCCAAGUCCGACCCCUCCAUCGUCCUACUGCUGCAGUGUGACAUGCAGAAGUAGAGAGGGAUGGGUGGAGAGAGA